AAUGGCACCGACGGCGAUCUAUACUUCUAGUGCAGACUACUCGUUCGAAACACCAGCGCAGCAGGAGCCACAGGCACCGCACGGUCCAGUUCUCGCAAUCGGCUCCCUCGCUACUGCCUCAGACGAGCAGUAUCAGCGCCUCGUUACUGGCCUGUCUGAUGGGUCCAAGACUGGUGUCGAGCGGCAGAUGAUCGACCGCGUGCUUGAUGGUGGCAUGACCCUACUCGCCUCGCAUUACAGCGCAAUUUACAUCAUCAUUUCCGCUUCUGACUACCUCGAGCUCACCGCCCGCAUCCCCGUGCUCAUUCAACAGCUUUUCAUCUCCCUCAAGCCCCUCGCAACCCUGCAUCUUGUUUCUGUUUCUCCUUCUGACACCGGCAGGCUGCGGGCCGACUUGCUCCUCGCAGGGUUCUCCAUCCUCCCACUCACCGCUUCACCCACCAUCAUCGCCCAGAAACCUGCACAGGCAGCAUCUGCGUCACUCAAGUCACGUGUAGCCCUCCCGCUGAAGCGCAGAGCGAACGGGACUGCCAAGGAAACGAAGGCCCGGUUGUGGGCGCUGGAGUCAAACACUUCAACAGGGACGAUCGACGCCACUUCCCUGCUGACUGCGUCUGAUCUUGCUACACCCGAGCCCGUGUGCGAGCCUUUCGUAGACGGCAAGCGGCGGAAGAAAGCGUGCAAGAACUGUACUUGUGGGUUGGCGGAGGUCGAGGCGGAAGAAGCACGUCAAACGGAGGAAAGCCAGCGGCUCGUCGCUGUCGAUGUGAGCCAGGAUGGGGGUGUAACGGAGUUCGAGGCAAGCGAGAAGGCGAGGAUAUUGAAGGGUCUGGCGGAUAUCCAGUCGGGCAAGGUCACCAGCAGCUGUGGGAGCUGCUUCCUCGGAGACGCAUUUAGGUGCGCCAGCUGCCCGUACCUUGGUCUACCCGCAUUCGAGCCAGGCCAGAAGGUGGAGAUCGACUUCAAUUCGGACGAUAUCUGAAAGCACCUCAUCCGCAUCCAUCUCAGUCCUUUUCCCUCUCAAUGUAGAUUUCACAUCAUCGGGGUCGUAAGUGCAGUAGAAGACGAGCGUCAGUGAGCAGCCGGAUAGACGGCCCACGGACACCGCGAUGUACCUGUAGCUGUUGUAGCUGUUGUCGUUGUUCGUUGUGUCAGAAUGAAGGGCGAAUGUCCGGAUAGUUGUAAUAAACUAUUUCUAUUUCG